ACUCUGCACUCAAAAGGGUGGAGUCGGUGCAGUGGGAUUUCUUUCCCCACUCGAGGGCAUCAGAUCUUGACUUGAUGCGCCGGGAAGGAAUCCAAGGUGAGGCUUUCACGGAAUUACGCUGCGUAAAACCAAAGGAGGGAGGGUUUUCUGGUUUGAAGUCAUAUCCUGUGCUAAUUUCCAUAGUUCCAUAACUUUUAUUUGGUGACCUCUACGAAGAAGAAAAUCGCACUUUAUGUGAAGUCAUGGACCGCAGAGCAUUUCCCCUGUCGCGCGUCGACCCGUCGCCGCGAGCAGCGCGUAAAAGCGAGUGGCUCCGGAGCGCUCUGGCGCACCACCACUCCCCCGACCCCGGCGUGGAGAACGAAAUCGUCGUCCUGGCCACAGGCAUUGACCAAUACCUGCAGGAGGUCUUCCACCACCUGGCCUACCCCAACCGGGACGACACAGUGACGGCGGAGGAUUUCGGAGCGCUGUGCGCAGUGCUGGGGCUCAACGGAGCUGGGGGGAGGACGAGCAAAGCAAAGGACGGGACAGGCGAUGGAGAGAAAGACGAGGAGGAUGAAGAGUUUAGGGAUGUGUGUUCUCGGCUGCCCUGUCAGCUGUCAUUUAAAGACUUCCACUCUCGGCUGUGUGGGUAUUUCCGUGUGCGCAGUGCGCGCAGAGGCACCGGGGACUGCGCCGGGCGCUUGCCCCUCACUGAGGACACGGAGCUGGUGGAGAGACAGAUCCGACUGCGGUGGCCGCGGGUCAGGCGGAGGAAAAAUGUCAGUUUUGAUCUGCCCGGGGACCAGAGUGGACCUGUACCCAGUAAAAGUGGAGACCGUGAGACAGAUGAGGUGUCAGCUCUGAGGGAGCUGGUGGAGGACCUCCGCUCGGCGCUGCAGGGGAGCGAUGCUCGCUGCCUCGCCCUGGAGGUGGCCCUCCAACGGGCAAGGAGCUGCACCCUCCCUUCUCCCUCCAGCUGUACCUCCACUGUUUCAUCUCCCACAACUUCCAUCACCUUUGUUCAGGGAAAACUGGUCCCAACACACAGAAUUAAAGGACAGUGCAGUGGUGCUGGAGCAGGCAGGGCGAAGAGAGCGGUGAGGUCACAGGACAUCAGGGACACACUUCUGAGGGAGCUGAAGCUGAUUCGCUCCUCACGUGACGGACAGCUGGGGGAGGCCAUCAAGUUCAAUGAGCGUUUGGAGAAGGAGCUGCAGUGGGCCUAUCAAGGAGUGCGCAAACUGCAGGGGGCGGAGUCCGCACUGAGGAAAGAGAACAAUCACAUCAGGAAGCGAGCAGAGGAGGCCAGGGAGGCUCUGAGUUUGGGGCUGCAGCGAGUUCGGCUGAUCCAGGAGCAGGCACAGGCUGUUCCACAGCUCCAGUCCAGGAUCAGUCAGCUAGAGACUGAACUGCACCAGUACAGCUCCCUCAGAUCCGGCUGUAGCUGCCUCUUAGACUCCUCCUGUCAACAAACGUAUCCAUUCAGAGCAGAAGACACAUGCAACAGGACAGAUGCAGAUUGUCUGCAGAGAGCAGUGGAGGGGAGAGCUGCCUCUGAUGAAGAGGAGGAGGACAGGGGGCCAAGGGAGGAAGGAGAAUGGUGCCGGUUAGAGGUGAAGAAGCAAAUCAGCCAACUGCACGACUGUGGCAAAGGAUGUCGGAACCAAACGUUCCAUCAUCUCUCUCAGAGUCACCUGCAUGAUAAGAACCUCAUCAGCACUCCUAAAGACAGCGGAGGGAGCCCGGGCUGGAGGGGACCAAACCACGAGCAGCAAGAGAGAAGCAGAGGCCUUGAAAAAGAAAAGCGGCCUGAGGAAGAGGAAGAUCAGACAAGGCUGGAUGAGAAAGAAAAGACGCGUCUGUCUCUGCUGGAGGAGAAACUCACAGCUGCCCUCACACUGCUGCUGCAGCUACGCAACAAGAACAUGUCACGCAGGGUGCUGGGGAAGAUUGUGAUGGACGCUCUUGAUGUCUGCAGCAGGGCUGGAGAUGGACGAUCCAGGGUCCUACAGGUAGCUGAUGCUCUUUGCCUCCAUCUGUCCUCUAGUGAUCUUCUCGGAGACGGAGGGGACAAUGGAGGUGGAGGAAGAGACAGCAGAGAGAAACUCCUGGUUACAUCUUCUGGGCGUCAGACCAGCAGCCCCAACCCUCUACUCAUCUCCUGUUGAACAAGCUACUUAGAUGGUACUUUAUGGUUAUCAUCAUCCUCCUUUUUUGGACUUGUUUGCACCCUUGCAAAUUUCCCAGUUGCGUAUUACACAUUUUUAAAACUGGUUUUAAUGUAUUUAAAGUUUAAUUUUAUUUCCUUCAUUAAAUGUCUUAGCGUUGUAUUUAGUAUUUAUUUAAUGUAAACAAUUA